AUGGCGUUUCUCAGCCAACUCUCAGGUCAUCUUCAGACAUUGAAAGAAAAAACAGCCACGAUGGCUGAAGGAGCGCCCGCCAUCGGAGCACAUCUGCAGUCACUAAAAGACGGUGCCCCAAAGUUGAUCGAAAGUGCGUUGAAUGCCAAAAACGGACUUCUCAAUAGGGUAAAACUCGACUCACUUGGCAAAGUACUGCACGUGUCCGGUUUGGGUCGCUACCCUUCACCUAUUGAUAUCGUGCCGGUCAUCACCUGCUUCGGAGAACAUCUGCAAAAUGCCGAGUUCAGGGUCGAGUACCACAAUACUGGCGACUUUCGCGCAACGAAUUCUGGCAACGCCGUCUGGCUGCUACGUGAAGGCAAUGAUUCGGAGUUGGCGGUGUCGUUUCUGCCAGAGGAGCAGUAUCAUCUGGACUCAAUCACAUGGCACUGGGGAACGGAGCCCAUGAAUGGCUCCGAACACACCAUAGGAGGGGUUGGAUACGCCGGCGAACUGCAUCUGAUCCAUCGCAAUACCCGCUUCCCGACGAUGGAGUUGGCGCUGAAACAGCCGAACGGAGUGCUCGCGAUCGCCAUCUUUCUCAAUGUCAGU